GUACUACCUAUAAAAUUGAUCCUACACAAGUGUGGUCGUACUCUCACAAUAUUUAUAAGAUUAAAACCGUUAACAUUAAUAAAUAAUGUAAAUAAUUAAACAAACAAUUUCAGAGGGUAUAUAUAAGCCUUUGCUUGAACUUUGUGAAGAAAAAAAAAAAAAAAACCUUGAACAUUUUUACAUUUCAUUAAUUUGGUACUCACACAUUUUAGGGUUUACAAAAAUCCCAAAUCUUAGGAUUACUUAUCUAUUUGUGGUGCGAGAGCAUGCAUGACUGAAAUGAAGGUGGAGGAUAAACAAAGUAACCGGGGUGAAAACCCAGCUCGGUUUCAACGUACAGAUCAGUGGCGUCCUGUUUAUUCUUGGUUGGAAGCAUUGGAUUUGGAUGAGGUUAUUAAGUCUAAAGACAUUUCUGACUGGCUGGCUGCAAAUCCUGAGGUCAAUGAAGAGUUGGGAUCAAGACAUUCUCGUUAUCAUUUGAUGCACUACAUCAAAAAAUGUCAUAUGAAGAUACUAAAGAAACGGAAUGGUGGGCUGCAGAAGCCUAGUGAAUCAGCUUCCUUGAGUGUUGAGCAUCCCAAUGUGCCAAAACUGCCAGCCACGAUUACUUCUAAUCCAUUGACAAAUGUGCCUGAACACAGUGACCUUUAUCAUGUGAAACGACUGGAAGCUUUGCGCAAAUAUGAGAUUCUGGUAGAAUUUGAGAAGCAACUUUCUUCCAUGAUUGCAAAGCAGAACACUGCUCAGGAGUCUUGAUCAAGCUGGAUGAAUCCGCAUUUGUUUUCUCCUUUUGAGCACAAAUUUAACGGAUAACGUGGAGCGGAUCCUUGGAAGUUUGUGCUCAUCGGUGCUAUCUGCUAUGUCUGCAUUCAACAAUUGAGGCCUUCCUUUUCUCAUGAUAUUUCUGUAAAAAAUUAUGGUGACAAAAUGUGGCUGUACUAGAGUUUAGACACCUUCACCACAUUCUAUUUAUGAGGCUAAAUCCAUGUAUAGAUUAGAAUUGCCAAAUUUAUUUUUCUAUGCUUUACUAAUAUACGAAGUAUGUAGUAUCAAAAUUUACAUUCUAAUGACAAAAGUUGUGAGAGCUAA